CAUACUGUUUGAUGGAAAUAAGAUAAGUUGAAAUAAGAAAUAAGUUGAUAGUACAGUAGGGUGACUAUAGUUAACAAUAAUUUAUUGUAUAUUUCAAAAUAGCUAGAAGAGAAGAUUUGAAAUGUUUCCAACACAAAGAAAUGAUAAAUGUUUAGCCAGGCCCAGUGGCUCACGCCUGUAAUCCCAGCACUUUGGGAGGCCUAGGCAGGAGGAUCACUGAGGUCAGGAGUUCGAGACCAACCUGGCCAACAUGGUGAAACCCCAUCUCUACUAAAAAUAUGAAAAUUAGCUGGGCAUGGUGGUAAGCACCUAUAAACCCAGCUACUUGGGAGGCUGAGGCAGGAGAAUCGCUUGAACAUGGGAGGCAGAGGUUAUAGUGAGCUGAGAUGGCACCACCGCACUCCAGCCUGGGUGAUGAGAGUGAAACGCCAUCUCCAAAAAAAAAAAAGAAAAGAAAAGAAAUAAUGUUGAAGGUGAUGGAUACCCCAGUUACCCUGAUUUGCUCAUUACACAUUGUGUGCAAGUAUCAAAAUAUCAUAUGUACCCCAUAAAUAUGUACAAUUAAUAUGUAUCAGUUUAAAAAGUUAAUGACGAUGGUACCAAUAUUAUAGCCUCAUUUAGCAGAUGAGGAAACUGAGGCACUGAGCUAUGAAUUAACACACCUGAAAUCACAGAGCACAGUCCAGACUUGAACCCAGACUGUCCAGUUCCAGUGUCCCAGCUCUAGGUCAUGACCUCAGGGUCAUCCCCCUCCCCUGCCUCCAUUUAGCCUUCACUGUGACCCCCAGCUGCAGCCUGACAUCAGUGUGAUUAUUCACGGGGUGGGUAGCCUGGGGCCACUGAAGGCCGGUUUGCUUUGAGCACUGCUCUCCAAUGAGGCUGGAAGCCCUUUGAGGGGCUGUUGUAUUCACCGCGUGAUGCCCAGGUCCCGCCCAAUUGGCGGAAUCACCGUUUGUUGAGUGAAUUCUUGAACGUCUGUGCAUGGCAUGCAUGUGCCUGCCAUUUGCUCAUCUUUACCACACACUUGGCUGCAAUGGCUGUCACCUUCAAUAGGCGCCUUGCCAGGGACAGAGAGCUCAGGGACAGCCAAGGAGACUGGAACUGCUCAGCUGGGGACAGGGACCCUAGGCGGCCCUGGCAGGCCCCCAAGACUCUCCUGGGUUGUCCUGGCCAAUUCACAGGGAGGCUGACCCCAGCUUCCAGGAAUAAAAGAUUCUGACCUCCGUGGCAAUGAGCCCCUGUCCCAGGGGUGUGCGGGAGAUCCCUGGUUAUCUGAGGUGUCUCCAGGGUAUAUCCGCUGAAACCCCACCUCCUCUUCACUGCCCAUUGAGCCUGGGACCAGCUGCUGGUCACGUGCUUGGCCCUGUAGCGUCGCUAGCCGUGCUCCCCAGUGUGCUCCCCGCCCCCUGCCGCGGCGCCUCCCGGCUCACCUCCCCACCCCACCUGCCCGCUGCGGCUCUCCGCGGGAGAUCUCACCGUUCUGGAGACAGGGCUCGCUCGCUCUCACUGUAGGCUGGAAGAACGGGCUGUCUGGGCCUUAGGAAAUGCCCAUACUGUAUAAGGCAUGGGGAAAAGAAAGGAAGAAAGGCAACGAACAAGAAAGAGGGCUUCCAACUGCAGCUUCCUGCCGGCUGCAGGCCUCCCUUCCUAAGCUGAGCUGAGGCUUCCUCUCCAUGGGCUGGGGAGGGGGCGCCAGGAGGCCUCGGCGGGUCCGCAAUUGGCCCGGACAGCUUCUCACGAAAGGUCCUGGGCCGGCAUCAUCAGCCUCACCUGGGAACUGGUUAGAACUACAAAUUCCCUCGGCCCCACCCAGACCGACGCCAAGGGCAGCUGUGGAGUGGGGCGCGGCAAUGCGCCCCUUAACAGCCCUCCAGGCUUCUUAGCCCGGGCUUGGACAGCCGCCUUCCGGCCAGAGGGGAUGAGGUUGCGCUGCGCUCCGGGAGCGCCGAUGGCGUGACUGGCCCCGCGCGGAGCAGCGACAGUAAGGCUGUGGGCGGGGGAGCUGGGACCUAAGCCGCGCGCACACCUCUUUCUCUGCGUCUGGUGGAGGUGCACAGAGGCUUUUGAGUCAGGCCCAAGCGCAGCCAGGUGACCUCCCCGCGGCCUUUCAAGCCUGAGCUCGGUGGACAGCUCCCUCUCCCGUGAGUCCCGCUGUCCUGUACGCGCCCGGUCGAGCCCCGGGCUGCGCGCCCCGCUAGGAGGUGGGUACUCGUCCUCUAGGAGUUGCCGGUGAGCCCUUGGCCGUGGCAGGUCCCCUCCAGCCGCGAGCGACCCCUCAGUACCUGCCGAUGCCUGCUGGUCUCUGGCAUCCUCCAGUCGAGGGUCAGGGUCAGGGAGCAAGGCCUCACGCGGGCGCCCUCCUUGCAGCUGCCCGGCCAGCCCGCUUCUCUGCCCGGAGCCAUGAAUCUCAGUAGCGCCAGUAGCACGGAGGAAAAGGCAGUGACGACCGUGCUCUGGGGCUGCGAGCUCAGUCAGGAGAGGCGGACUUGGACCUUCAGACCCCAGCUGGAGGGGAAGCAGAGCUGCAGGCUGUUGCUUCAUACGGUCUCCAUGGUAGGAGUGCAGCUUUCUCCCCCAGUUACUUUCCAGCUCCGGGCUGGCUCAGGACCCGUGUUCCUCAGUGGCCAGGAACGUUAUGAAGCAUCAGACCUAACCUGGGAGGAGGAGGAGGAAGAAGAAGGGGAGGAGGAGGAAGAGGAGGAGGAAGAUGAUGAGGAUGAGGAUGCAGAUGUAUCUCUGGAGGAAAGCCCUGUCAAACAAGUCAAAAGGCUGGUGCCCCAGAAGCAGGCGAGCGUGGCUAAGAAAAAAAAGCUGGAAAAAGAAGAGGAGGAAAUAAGAGCCAGCGUUAGAGACAAGAGCCCUGUGAAAAAGGCCAAAGCCACAGCCAGAGCCAAGAAGCCAGGAUUCAAGAAAUGAGGAGCCACGCCUUGGGGGGCACGGUGCAAAGUGGGCCUUCCCUGGGCUGUGCUGCAGGCACAGGGUGCCCCUGUCCAGCCCCUUCAUCUGUGUCUGAAUGUAACAGGGGUGUUGCGGGGGCAACAUGAGAGCCCCUCACCCCCAACUCUCCACUUUCAGGAGGCCCCCAGUGAAGAGCCCCACCUCGGGGUCACAAUAAAGUUGCCUGGUCAGGA